AUGAGCAAAGCUGGAGAACGAGAAGAAGACGAAGAGUGUUUUCACGAUUCCCUUGACCGCCUGCUUUCUUCAUCUAACACCUCUCGCUCCUGUUCCCCCUCCAAUUCAGAUUCUGAAGAGGAUCCGAACCCGAAUUUCAGCUCCGGUGCAUCACCAGAAAGCAAUGCCGUCACACCCGGCCCGGUUCCCAGGUUCCCCGUGGGGAUGUUCCGCAACUACGACGUUUGGAUCUCCCAACCCUCAUCCGUUGAGGAACGUCGACUCCGCCUCCUGCACCAGAUGGGUCUCACAAGUGACCCUUCCCUUCUCCGCCACCGCCCUUCCCUUUCGCCCUCCUCUCAACCGAAAUUCUUUAAUCGUUCCAUCUCUUCGGAUCACUCGAUAAACCCCGGUGAGACGUUUUCUUACGUUGAUAAUAAUAGAAAGUGUUCCAAGACUCCUAGUGAUAGUGAUAUCUUUGAUAAUAGUGAUUGCGAUAAUGAUAAUAGUAAAGUAUCUGGAAUUGUUCGAUCAAAAUCGGAGGGGGAAUGUAACUCAAGUUCUGAAAUUGUUUUGACUAAUUCAACUUCUACUGCCUCACCAGUCAACGAGGGUACUGGUGGGAUUGGUAUAUCUGUAAACAAUGAUCAUAAGAGCCAUAUACAUAGCUGUCAUGACAAUGUCAAGAAAUCAAGAAACGAAAAUAGUUUACCGACGACCAGUGUGGUUUCCCCAAAUAAGCCGCCGAAGGGGAAGAUUAGAACAGAUUCCAUGCGUAAUGGGAGCUUUAGUGAAUCAUUGCCUAUUUUGGGGAAUGAGGAGCUGGACAAGAUGGUGGAGAGUACUGGGGCAGAUGAUGUUAAUGCGGUGUGUAUGAUAAAGAAUCUGGAUAAUGGGAAGGAGUUUGUGGUGAAUGAGGUGAGGGAGGAUGGGAUGUGGAAAAAGAUUAAGGAACUGGAUACAGGGCGGCAGUUGACCAUGGAAGAGUUCUCUGAGAUGUGUGUCGGGACUUCUCCCAUCGUGCAAGAGUUAAUGAGGAGGCAGAAUGUGGAGGAUGGGAACAAGGAUGCUCUGUCUGCAAAUGCGAAUGGGGGCUUUGGGGGCGGAUCUAAGUUGAAGAAGAGAGGGAGCUGGUUGAAGAGCAUAAAAAAUGUAGCGAGUUCUGUAACAGGGCAUAAGGAGAGACGUAGUAGUGAUGAGAAGGAUACAUCAUCUGAGAAAGGUGGGAGGAGAUCGAGCUCUGCUACAGAUGAUAGCCAGGAUAUUUCUUUUCAUGGGCCCGAAAGAAUUCGGGUCCGACAGUAUGGGAAGUCUGUCAAAGAGCUUACGGCAGUAUACAAGAGCCAGGAGAUACAGGCACACAAUGGGUCAAUUUGGACUAUAAAGUUUAGUUUGGACGGCAAGUAUCUUGCAAGUGCUGGUGAGGACUGCGUGAUUCACGUGUGGCAGGUUUCGGAAACAGAGAGGAAGGGUGAUUUGUUGUUGGAUAAACUGGAAGAUGGGAAUUUUAAUCUUCUGUUUCUGGCUAAUGGAUCACCAGACCCUUCUUCAAUAUCACCAAAAUUAGACAGCCAUUCAGAGAAGAGGAGAAGAGGGAGAUCGUCAGUAAGCAGAAAAUCAGUUAGCUUUGAACAGAUUUUGGUGCCAGAGACGAUGUUCGCCCUUUCGGAGAAACCCAUCUGUUCAUUUCAGGGGCAUCUGGAUGAUAUAUUGAACCUUUCGUGGUCCAAGUCUCAGCAACUGCUCUCUUCUUCAAUGGACAAAACGGUGCGGCUGUGGGACAUGUCGAGCAAGUCCUGUUUAAAGAUUUUUUCACACAGUGACUAUGUAACCUGCAUCCAGUUUAAUCCUGUUGAUGAUAGAUACUUCAUCAGUGGAUCUCUGGAUGGCAAGGUGCGUAUAUGGAGCAUUCCUGAUCGACAGGUUGUUGAUUGGAAUGAUCUGCAUGAAAUGGUCACUGCAGCUUGCUAUACACCGGAUGGCCAGGGUGCACUAGUUGGUUCAUACAAGGGGAGUUGCCGCCUAUACAACACAACAGAAAAUAAAUUACAGCAAAAAUAUCAGAUCGAUCUGGAGAAUAAGAAGAAGAAAUCUCAUCACAAGAAAAUUACUGGGUUCCAGUUUGCACCAGGAAGUUCAUCAGAAGUGCUCAUUACCUCUGCAGAUUCACGAAUUCGCGUUGUGGAUGGUACUGAUCUUGUUCACAAGUUCAAAGGGUUUCACAACACAAACAGCCAAAUCUCAGCCUCCAUUAUGGCUAAUGGAAGAUAUGUAAUAUGUGCCAGCGAUGAUUCUUCUGUUUACAUCUGGAAGCAUGAAGGUGAAUCGCGACCAAAUAGAAGCAAAGGCGUUACUGUGACCCAGUCUUAUGAGCAUUUUCACUGUCAAGAUGUAUCUGUGGCAAUCCCUUGGCCUGGUAUUUCCGACACCUGGGGAUUUCAAGAUACUUGUUCUGGAGGGCAAAAUGGUCAUUUUGAUGAGGUUUCCACAGACAACCAUCCACCCACACCAGUCGAAGAGACUAACAGUAACGAGAGCUCUCCGUUGGGAUCUAGGAGCAUUGGUAGUCCACUGAACAAGAUUAUUUCUAGUGCUACAAACAGCUGCCUCUUUGAUAGAAUAGUAACAUGGCCAGAGGAAAGGCUUCUUUCUGCUUGUAAGAACCGCAGUCCUCGUGUUAGUGUCGACUUCUCCAAUGGGCUUAUCCAAAACAGGUCAGCCUGGGGUAUGGUCAUUGUAACUGCAGGCCUUAGGGGUGAAAUCAGGACUUUCCAGAAUUUUGGAUUGCCAGUUCGGACUUAA